AUGUCAUUAUUAUCACUUCCGCCAGAAAUCUUCAAUGCCGUUCUCGAUGGUGUCUCGGGCCGCGAUGCCAUGAAUCUACGCCUUGUCUGCCAACGCACAAGUGCCUUGUCGAGCCAUCAAUUCGGACUCAAGUGCCUGACAGAUCUAUCCUUCAUCUGGUCGCCAUACAGCUUGCAAGGGUUAUUAGACCUUAGUGCGCAUCCCUUGGGUCGAUAUAUCAAGCGCCUUACUUUUUCAACUCACUUCAUCUAUGCGGAAGAAUUCACCGAGGACCCGGUCGAACAACGAAAUGCCAGAUUGGAAACUACAUUUGACCAGUGGGAGGAAAGAAGUGUGCCGCUGGUUCGAGCAUUGGAAAACUUCAGAGAGGCGAAUGUACAUCCAAUACUUGGGUCUUACGAUUAUCAGGUUCCUUGGUUACCUCUGGACAACAGCAACAAUGAUAUCAAUGCCAGCAACCCACCGAGAAAAGGAUAUGGCUUUGAAAACUACUACGGAACUACCAAGCUGGAAACUCGACACGCAACCUUCAUGCACACGAACCAAUACAUCCUCAAAGCCGCACAACAAGCCAAAUUCACCGUCAAAGCCUUCCACACAAACUGGAACUCACAAAGUCUGCACCAAGAAGAUGACAUCCGUUUCAUGCAACAUCAACUCCUAGUCUCCCAACCCGACGGCAAUAUAAAGCCCGAUUUUGAGCUCUUGGCCACCUUUUUGGAUCCAGAAAUGUGCCACUGUUUUGGCGAGAUACGCAUCAUGCUGUGCGACGUGGGUACAGAAUUCUUGACGGCAUUUCUGGCCAACCAAGCGAAAAGUUUACGCGUGCUUCAUCUCGAACACAUCACCAUGGACCUCUGGGAUGAAGCCAUGGGUGAAGAUCAGGAUUUGGACAACGGUGCUAUGGCUCUAAAUUUUCUUACCAUGCUGAAGAAUGACUUGUCCUUGGAGUACCUCAAAUUGUCACGGUUGAGCAACGCAAGGGAUAGAUCGAGGUUGAUAGGUGGACAUGACGAUACAUGGACGAGUCGAGAGGAGAUUCAGGAUGGGUUGCAGAUGUAUAUACAGAGGGAGGAAGACGACGAGCAUUCCGUCGACGAGGAGUGGCUUGAUGACGAUGAUGAGGGCGAGUGGAUAUCUGUACAUCACUCUGAGGAUGAGGAUGAAGAAGAAGUCUGGCCCGGUAUUUUACAGGAUGGAAAUAAUGAGACAACAACGGAUCGGCCAGAUGCAGGAGAGGGUGAAGAAUCUGGGGUGUGA